ACACUUGCAAGAAAGAAAAAUGGCUGAAGCUGCUAGGCUUGACGAGAUCCGGCAUUUUCUAAAUUCUGCAAAUGGAAAGAAUAUACCCAAACUGGAUGCUGAACUGAACGCGAUAAUGGAACGUUACAAGGAGGUUGCUACACAUGACGAGGUUGCAGCAGAGUUACUUGAUUUUAUGCUUGCACAAGAAGACAACUUUGGGAAUUAUUUUGAGUGCUAUGGAAACAUUCUCACACGUUUUGGUUUCGACCAAUUAACCAUGAUUGAGCAUUUGGAGGAUACACUACUCUUGUACCCUCCCUAUUUUGUUCACGUAAUUAAUGAUUAUAUCUGGGUUAAGUUAUUAUUUUUUAAUAGUUUAAUUUGUAAUAUAUGUUUUUUUUUUGGGUCUUAUAAAACUGGCGAUGGGCAUUCUGGAAGUUAACGGUGCACUCCAUGAGAAUCUCGUCCAAGUAUGGCUAAACCUUCGGGGUGAAGCAAAGAUGGCUGGAACUCUGGUUCCAGAAAAGUCGUGCUCUUGGAUGCAUAUCGCGCAGACAGAGAGGAUAAUAGACGCGCCUAAGACAGAAAGUGUGAAACGCUACUACGGCUAUAUCUCCUCUCUGUCUCUCGAGUUAUCCGCCGGCCCUAUCUAUAUCUAUGUUGAACAAUUAAUUAAUAAUGCCGUUUGCGGGUGUGUGUGUAUGUUUUAUCGUAUUUACUAGUAUUCUACCCGUACUACGUACAG